AUGCGAGCUCAACUUUCGUUACAAGCGGCACAAUGGCGUGAGUUGGAGAAGAGACGAAGUACCGGUAAAAUGGCAAACAAUCAUGUCGAAAAACAGGAAAAGGUAGAGGAGCGUGUAACAACAAGUGAACGAGUUGAAGCCUUUUUGUCGUCGGCUGCUACUAGACUACAACAAGUAGAAAAAAUGAAUUCUAGAAUGGGUGAAGACAUUCCGGUUGUAACGGUGACGAGAGAACAACAGGAAGCUUUGCUAGGACCCCAUCUAGCAUUGGGAAAACGUUGCAAGACGAUUCUAUCGUCGGAAGGAAUAUUGCAGAAUCCUCUUGGACGACAUGAAGGUAAACGCGUGUGGGGUGGUGGCAUUGUAAAAUUACGAAUGAACCAGUGGAUACCGUGGGCGAUUGAUCAACUGGUGAAGGAAGAGCAGGCUGAUAAGCUAGACAUGCAAGAGACUGGGGUAGAGGGCAUUACCUUUACACAUCGAGUGACUGACAUAGCGCAGGGUGACGGAUUGACCUCGAUUAUGCCGGUGUCGUGGGUUGCUAAUGUACGAAAUGUACACACUGCAGCUGUACCGCCUUGGAUGGUGCAAACGGAAGAGGAGUACAAGAAGUGCAAUUAUCGAAUGCCGGUCGUGUCGUCUGUAUCACCAGCUCGAUUGACAAGCAAGGCAGACAAAACGAGGAGAGACAUUUUUUCAGAGCUUCAGUCGAAAUCGGUAUGUGGUCAAGACUGGUUGCCAAACUUUGGUGGGGUUUGGCAAGAGGGUCCUCGCUCUAAAACGAAACAAGCGUUCAGGAAAGCAGUAAAUGCAGUGAAACCUACACGUGACUGUGAUCGAGAUUCUCGAUCGAAGUUCCACCCAUCACAAUUACAAGGUGCAACUCCGCUUCCACAAGUAUCACCUAUAGACUCUCAGGAGCCUCAACCGCCAGCAGCUGUUCAGGACUCUGUUCCUGAACAAAAGCAAGCAACAAUGAGGUUAUCUCCUCCUGAAAGCAGAGAUAAUGAGAGCCAGAUGAAAAAUUUGUUUGACGCUAAGAAGCAGUUGCUGCUGGCUCAGAAAGAGCGCCUGCGAGCAAAGAUGGCGGUACGAAGGCCGCAAUAA